ACGAGAGGCGUCCCUCAGGGAGAGGCGAAGGGCCGGCCGAAUUGGGCCGUCCACAGCUGCGGACGGACAGCCCUGAGAUCUCCUUCGACUUCCACAGGCCCCAAGGAACGCGCUCUCCAGGGCCCUCCCACCGCUCCAACUGGAGGCUACCGUCCCCACCUUCUCCAGCCGACGCCAUGUUGCAAGUAGCGCCGCCUCUCUUUGCGCGCAGCCGCAGCAAGGCAGAAUCUGUCCGACCCUGCCCAGGCUGAAUGCAUCUGCUUCCCAAGCGGUAUCCCAGAGACAGCCGCGGCGGCGGGUGUAAGUGAGCGAGGGCGCCGAAUAGAAGGAAGGGCUACCACUUGGCCGGCCGCUGCUAGCCCUUCAUGUAGGUCCGGUGCGUCUUCUAAACCAGCCGGCUUCGCGCUCUGGCGCGGCGGCAGAAGGGUCUAGAAAGCAGAAAAAGCUGUGGAAGACUGACCCUUCCUCAGAAUGAGCAGUACUUUGUCACCCUGCAUUCCAUCUAUCUCGGGGACACAGUUUGCAGAGUCUUCUGUGCGAGAACGCAUGAGAGAGAAACUGAAGGCUGCACGAAUAGGUGAUCAUUUGUUGAGUGCAGUACAAAGAAAAGAAGGCAAGGUAUCUGCAAGAGUGAAAUUUCGUGAUGCUGGUAAAAGAGGCAAACAAAAAUCACAGAUUCAGAUGGAUUAUCCUUCUUCUGAAGAAGCCUAUAAUUUCUUUACUUUCAAUUUUGGUCCUGAGGAAGAGAAUGUAGGGGAUGACCGUGAAAACAAUGAAAAGAAUGCAUCAGAUCUAGAUGACAAGGGCACGGAGAAUCAGAAAUCUACACUCAGCAAUCAGGAAGAGCAAGAAGAGAAUGAAAUGGAUGAAGUGGAACAUCUUUUCCAUGAUAAAGGGAAUGAUGGCGUAUUUGUUAUAGAACAGACAUGUCAAGAUUUCUUAGAAAUUAGACCUGCAGAAUAUGAAAGCUAUUCUGGAAGGCUGCAGAAAGAGAAAGAUACUUUAUUUAUUCCCAGUCUGUUAAGAGUGCCUCCUUCUCUGAAGAUGCCUGAAAAUAUGCAACCACGGUUUCUUGAGGAUGAAGGUUUCUACACAGGAGAACGUCCUGUUGUGUCAUUGUCCAACCAGAACAUCAUGGAGAAUAGGAUACUCAAGCAGGAACAGGGGAAAAAGUGGUUUGGGGAUGAUGGUCAAAUUUUAGCAUUGCCCAAUCCAGUUAAACAAUCCCUUACUAGACCUCCAUUGUUUCUUACAAAGGGAGACCAAGAGAUGGACCUUGUGAUCUUUUAUAAAAAGGCUCUAAAAAUGAGACUUGCCAACCAGUACAUCGUUGGAAAUGAUGACCCACAAAGUUGCUUUCAGUUGGAUAUUGACAUUUCAGGAUUAAUAUUCACACAUCAUCCUUGCUUUAGCCGUGAACAUAUUCUGGCAGCAAAACUGGCUCAGUUAUUUGAUCAGUAUCUCUCCAGGAAACAGAGAAAUGUUACUAAACUCCUUACAGAUAAGCUUCGUGCUCUUAGAAAUUCUUUAGAAAAUAUUUUGGAUACUGCCAAAAGUGAAAUUCCAAAGUUAGUAGUCCAACAAAGCAUAACUGAAUAUAAGCUUGAAAUAAGGAAAACAAGAAGACUUCGCGAUAAUGAACAAGAAAAAGAUCGAGCAUUGCUGAAAGCCAUGAUUAAAGUGUGGAAAGAAAUAAAAUUCCUGCGGGAUUUUCAGAAGUUUAUUAACACACCCCUGAAGCUCUUCAUGAGAAAGGAAGAAGUUGACCUGAAGUUGGAUGAGAAGGCCUAUGAGGCAGAAAUUCAGGCUGAAACAGCUGAAUUACUAGAAGAAUAUAGUGAAGAGUAUGAAAUGAAAAUGGAUAAAUAUAAAACUGAACUUCGGGCAUGGAAAUCACAGAAAAAUCAAAAGAAACAAAAAAAGAAAUCAAGUCAACACUUGGAAGAUGAAGAAUCUGAGCAAAUGGAGGAAACUCUGAAGCCUCUUCCACCUCCCCCAGUUGACCAACAGCAGGUGGAGCUGCAAGUUCGCAGAAGAGCUGCUGAGAACAGAAGGCAGCCUGGAGAACCAGUUCUAAUCCCUGAAUUAAGCUUGGUGGGGAGCAUCACUCCAAAUGAGGCUUGUCCUAGAACUGAAGUUGCAAGACGUGAAGAUGUGAAGAAAAGGUCUAUCUUCUUAAAAGUUCUUUUCAAUUCCAAAGAGGUGUCUAGAACAAUUUCUCGGCAGAUGAGCUCAGACUUUAGAAUUCAUUUUGGGCAGAUUUUUAAUGUGCAAAUAUUCAAUUGGCCAGAGAGUUUAAAAUUGCAGGUAUAUGAAACAAUUGGACUCAGCAGUGCUAACUUGUUAAUGGAAGUAUUUGUGCCCAUCCCGGAGACGACUAUUCUGACAGGAAGAGCUCCAAUAGAAGAAAUUGAAUUCAGCAGUGACCAGUGUGUAACACUGGACCAUGAAGGAGUGGGCAGUGGGGUUCCAUUUUCAUUUGAAGCAGAUGGUAGUAAUAAUAUGAUUUUAAUGACUUCUGGUAAAGUGUCAUGCAGUGUGUCAUGGGCAGUUGGAGGAAAUGGGAUACCACUGGUUCCUCCAAUCUCACAGAAGAACUCUGCUCUUUCAAGUUCCUUAAAAAAAGUGGAUGCUAUUGCAUCAAUUGGCACAUCUGGAUUAACUGACAUGAAGAAAUUAGCCAAGUGGGUGACUGAAACAAAACUUGAUCCUAAUGAUCCAAGCAACGCAGCCCUAAUGCAGUUUUUAAAAAUUACUCCAUGUGGUGAUUCUUCCAUCCCAGAUUUCUUUCGACUGGACCAAUUGCAGCAAGAAUUUAAUUUUGUAUCUGAUGAGGAAUUUAAUAUGUCCAAAAGAUUUUGGUUUCUUGAGCUCAGAAAAAAUGAGGUAGCUGAAUUUCAAAAUUUUAAAUUUGUUCCUUUAUUGGAAAGAGAGAUCAGUGAAAAAAAUUUGCAGGACUAUGAGAAAAGAUUGCAGAAGAAGAAUGUCAUUGAUUCAAAGGACUAUUCGGAUGCACACAGAGCAAUUGUUGCAAAGUACAUGGAAAAGGUUAGGGAGUCAGUAAUUAAUCGUUUCCUGAUUGCAAAGCACCAUUUUGUUCUUUCUGACUUGGUCAAUGAAGAUGAAAUCCCUACUAUUGGCUUUUUGAGCAUCAGCCUCUUUAAACUGGCCGAAGCAAAGCGACCCUUAAAACCAAGGCGAAAAGAGAGGAAGAAAGUAAUAGCACAGAAUCUCUCAGAUGGUGAUAUAAAGCUCUUGGUUAAUGUUGUUAGAGCGUUUGAGCUUCCUGUUAGAAAGUGUGCUGGAAGCAAACUUCAGCAGCCAUCUAAAUCAUCAUGGGCUUUCAAUGAGAUGUUUGUUGCUUCUGCAACUCCACACAGCUCCAACCACAGUAUGGACUGGACAUUUAGCCAGGUUUCAGUUCGGCCUUUUGUAGAGGUUUCUUUCCAGCGAACAGUUUGUCAGACAACCACCGCAGAAGGGUCAAAUCCAAACUGGAGUGAAGAGCUGGAACUUCCAUUUAGAGCUCCUAACAGUGACUAUAGCAUCUCUAGUCUGCAGUCAGUGAAGGAUGACAUCUUCAUUAACAUCUUUGAUGAAGUACUGCAUGAUAUCUUAGAGGAUGAUCGUGAAAGAGAAAUCGGUGGGGUCCAUACCUGUAUGGAAAAGCGCUGGCUUGGAUUGGUUCGGAUACCAUUUACAACAGUAUAUUUUCAAGGAAGAAUUGAUGGCACAUUUAAGAUUGAUACUCCUCCCGUUCUUCUUGGCUACAGCAAAGUGAAAAAUGUGGAAAAUGACAGAAAAUAUGAUUCCAUGCAGCAUCUGAGUGAUGGUUCCUACCUUUCCUUGUUCAUUACAAUUGAACCUCAACUCAUUCCUGGAGAAUCAAUUCAAGAAAGGCUUGACACUCAAGAAGAUGAGAAGCUUCUUCAAGCAGCUGAAAGAUACAAAGCUAAAUGUGCCUUGAAAUUUCCAGAUCGCCAAUGCCUGAUCACUGUAAUUGACAUCAGUGGAAAAACUCUCUUUGUUACGAGAUUCAUCAGAGCGCUCAACCCCCCAGAAGAGCUCCUACGAGUUUAUCCAGACAGUCCACAGCAAACCUCCGAAUUAGUUGCCCGAUAUGUAGCCCUGAUUCCUUUCUUACCUGAUACAGUAUCAUUUGCUGGAAUUUGUGAUCUGUGGAGUACCUCUGAUCAGUUCCUUGAUCUUUUGGCUGGAGACGAAGAAGAACAUGCUGUGCUAUUGUGUAAUUAUUUUCUUGCUCUUGGCAAAAAGGCCUGGCUUCUAAUUGGGAAUGCUGUCCCGGAGGGACCAACAGCUUAUGUGCUAACUUGGGAACAAAACCAGUAUGUGAUUUGGAAUCCAAGUCGUGGGCAUUUUUAUGGACAAUAUGAUGCUUUCUGUCCAUUGAAAAGGGUCAGCUGUUUGAUUUCUGCAGACAAUGUUUGGUUUAAUAUUCAACAGUAUGAUUCUCCACCAAGAAUAAAUUUUGAUGUCAAUAAAACCAAAUUUUGGAAACCUUUCUUUUCUAGAAGUUUACCAUUCCCUGGUCUCUCCAGUGUUCAGCCUGAAGAACUCUUCUACCAAAAUGCAGACAAGGCUGUCGCACUACAUUUACAGAACAGGCUUGAGAAGAUACUAAAAGAAAAAAUCAUGGAAUGGCGGCCAAACCACUUGACACGUUGGAACAGAUACUGUACCUCUGCCCUCCGGCAGUUCUUGCCUCUGUUGGAGAAACAUCAAGGCAAAGAGAUAGAAGACAAUCAUCAGGCAGAGUUACAAAAACAACUUGGAGAUUACAGGGUCUCUGGAUUUCCCAUCCACUUGCCAUUUUCAGAUGUUGCAUCUAUUGUUGAGGCUGCAUAUAGUACAGGAGUUCAUAAAACUGAAAUUCCAAACACAGAAUUUGCACUAGCUGUGUAUGUUCAUGCUUACCCCAAACACAUUCUUUCUGUGUGGAUUUAUGUGGCUUCAUUAGUUUGUAAUCGAUAGGACUCUACAGAAACAGAUUGGCUUCCAUCAUUUCCAUAGAUUCCAAUAGUUGCUGCUGUUCAAGGAAUUUCCUGCCUGAGCCCACAAUACAGUUAAGGUUUGUGUACAGAAACAUCUUUGUGGUGGCGUCCCAGGGGUUUUGGUGCCAAAGUCUACUAAUAUUAUCAAGGAGGCUGGCAAGAAUGAGCAACCAGGAGUUGAAAGCCAUUGGUAUUGCAUGUAUUUAGUCAAUCAUACCCUUCUGUAUUUCCUGUCAUAUCACAGCAGGAACAUACUCAUCUCAAAAGAUUUCAGUACUUUUGCCUUCAAACCUUAGAUCAUUAAACUCAACACCCAGGGACUGUGGUGGUUAAAAGGAAAGGUAGCUCUUGACCCAACCUCAGCCAUGGAAACUUCAUGACUAAGGGCAAAAUGGUCUCCCCCAGCCCAGCUCACCUUAUUGGAUAGUGGUUGUAGAUAUAACAUGAAGAUGCCUAUAGAGGUCACCUGGAGCUUCUGAAGAAAAAGCAGCACAGAAUUCUGAAUAAUAUAGUUUAGUUUGAUAAACAUGAAGCAGAUUAUUACAGAAUAAUAAAGUUGGAAGGAAUGUUGAAGGUCUUCUAGUCCACCCUUUGGUCAGACAAGAGACCCUACACAAUUCCAUUCAAUCUCUUCUUCAAAACCCGCAGUGAUGGAGCAAUCACAACCUCUUGAGACCAGAAGCUUUAUUAAAUUGCAGAUGGAAUGAGAAUUGGUAAAACAUGUCCAGUUUUAAUGCUGCUGAGGUAUAUUCGAUGCAGGGAAACUUUUUUCAUUUUAUUUUCAGUUGGUAUUAUUGAAGUGUAAAAUAUUCCACCCCCAAUCAGAGUUAAUUAGGUAAGACCCCUUUCAGUUGCUGUGAAGACUGUAAGAGUAUAGCCGAAAUGGCAACUCAGAAGUCUGGAUAUUACUCUCCAAAAUGGACAGGGAGGAGACUUAUCAAGGGAAAUAGGCAGUUGAUUCAUAUCCACAUUUAAUCCAGCAGCUCAAGGCAGCAUAGCUGUACCCGUGUUUAUCCUUUAAUUUUCCUGAUGCAAAUUGUUUUAUAGUUGUAUAAAUUUUCCAUCCUAGGGCAGCAAAAAACUCAACUAUUGCUGCCAGGCUUUCUUGAUUCUUAGAUAUGAAUCCUGAUCAUUUCUUAGAGAUAUCAUUGUGUCCUCAUACAGGUAGGCAAGUAAACUCUCAAUACACAAGACAAAUUUUGGGCAUUUGUGCAAAAAGUCCCCAUUCACAUUUAGUGGAGGGGAAUUGUGUGGAUGACUCUUACCAGGACAACCACUGAAUUGAAUGAAUCUGAAAACGGAACAGCUUGGAAUAGAAUGGCAAGACUCUAAUGUAUUUGAAUUGCUAUCUGCAGUCUUUUUACUUGUUAAUGCAAAGUAUGUAAAUAUUUCUUGUGAGUUGUUUUUAAACUUAAAGCUUCUGUAAGUGAUUGUUUAAAAUACCAUAUAAAUCAAGGUAACUUAUUUACAAAAUAAACAUUAACAUACAGUA